AUGCGCCCCUACCAGCCUCCAACAGGCCGACACCCAUCAGUAGCUCACUGGACUAGACAGCGACACGCACAGCCCGUCUCUGGGUAUGUUCAAGAUCAGUCACCUGCGACGGGAGGUGACCUGCCAGCCUGGAGGCGUGUUCUAGCAGAGUUGCACGACACUCCUCUGCGCGAGCUUCGGGGACCAGUGGCUGCACCCCCGCUUUGUCUUCAGGACAUUAGCGUCGUCUGCUUCUCUUCUCCCACAGUGCAAUGCCCAGCCAUAGACCGCAUCGCAGGUCUGGGAGUUCCUGUGCGAUGGGAAAAUCUUGUGCGAUGCCUCUCCGUUUUUUGCGGCAGCUUUGCGUGUGGCAGCAACUGCUGGCUCGAGGCCAUGCAAUUCUUGCAGCGCUAUCAUGGGGGUGGGGCCGCUGCCAACAAGUUCGCUUCUUGGAAGAAGACGCCUGGAUCUGGUCCCGGGCACUUCUUCAGUUGCAUGGAGCAGAAAGAGGACAAGGAGAUAUAUCGAGACAUUCUCCUGGUCUCACUGUGCAAGAAGUACCUCCUCUCCAGACUGGAGCAAGAACUGCUGCAACGGCUACGUGAAGGAGACUGGGUCCCUCGCCUGGCUGCCCUGGAUGAGCAAGACCUUAUGAGGAUAGCUCACGAGCUUCACUUGCAUGGGGUGUUGCCUGCGGUGCUGGGGUCUUGGUGCUUGGCACACGCCGCAUCCAUGGCAAGACCAUUGCAGCUGAUGUUGGAGGCUGGCUGCAAGUUUUCUAAAACUGUACUUGGCAGCGCUGGUGCAGUUUCCUACAUUGCCAGUGGGCGGUUUCUGUGCGCUGCCAAAGACUGCGCUGAGUCUGUGAGCCGCAUUCUCCUCCUGCUGGCGGAACUUGAUUGUCUUGAGCUCCUGCAGAACUGCCAGCGCUGGGACUGGCUGCAGGGUACAGACGUGAGGCAAGUCCUUGCCGAGGAUGCGCUCAUGCCGCUGACGCAACUUCCUGCUUUCCGCGAGGAAUUGCGGCAAGCGCGAUUUUGCUCGCCAGCACUGGCAGAGGCUCUGGAGCCCUUCCCGCGACUCUUAGAUGACCUGCUGGAUUCUUGGUUUGGACCUGAGGGCCAGAAGCAAAGCGUACAGGCAGCAGAGCUUGUAUGUUGGGCACGCUGCGGACUCUUCCGCCGCCGGCUCCUGCAAACACAGCUGCGGGCCUUGACGCCUCAGGCCUUUGCCAGUUUCUCUGGAGCAAUUUCCCUGGAAGAUGAGGAGAUUGUCACUUUAGUGCAAGAACAGCUACAAGCAAACCUCAGGUCUAUAAGCCAAUACCCGGUCCUACGCUCAGAGGAUAGCUGGCCAAGCUGGUUUCUGGAUGGAGCCCUCCUGCGGCGCUUUUGGAACUCUGGGAUCAUCAGUCCUAGGCAGCUUAGUGGUGCUCUCGUUCGGGUCAUGCUGCGACCUUGGUUCCUUCCUCUACGCCUGGGGAUGCUCAGCUUGGAUUUCUUGCGUGGCAUGCGCACUGGCUGGGCCUGCCGGCUUGCAGCCGAAAAGCGCUAUGUCUGCGAGGCUCUGCAAGCCCUUCAUGCUGUCAUUGGGGCCUGUUUGUCUUAA